GUGUCAUUGCAAAAGGGAGAUUUUUCUAAUUGCGCUUCUGUAUUUGUGUGUUUUGGUGAUAAAGUGGCAAAUCUCUAGGAAAUUAUUCAGGUUUAUUAGUGAAUAUCACUCUCGGUGUUGCGAUAAGGCGUAUUCUAAGACAGAUUGAGGACUAUUUAGCCUCUAAAAGAGAAAAUCAGCUGUUUCCUGAACAGAUUCAGUGUACGGAACUACCGAAGAAUCUUUAUUUACAAUGACCGGUAAGUGUUUGAAGGUCUCUAUCUCUAAUGUAAGGAAAAAUCUUCUCUACUUGCAGUUGCAAUUUUCUGCACUGAUUGAAAGAUAUUUCAAAAGUCAUCAACAGAGUCAGCUAAUUUGAGAGAAAAAAAAGUUGAGAUUUAAUAAGAAGGUUUUUAAGAGCGUGUGAGAAGAACAAUGUCCUGGCAAAAUGCACCACCUUAUUACCAAGAUCCCAAUCAGCAGUACUAUGGAGGACAACCGGGAUAUCCUCCACAGCCGGGAUAUCCACCUCAGCCUGGUUUCACUCCUGGCUAUCCUCCAAAUUCUGGCUACCCUCAGCCUGGAUAUGCUCAACCCGGAUACCCACCAUCGGGUGGAUAUCCUCCAGCUGGAGGAUAUCCGCCACAGCAGGGCUUUGCCAAUCCCAUGCCUCCGGGACAAGGUGCUCCCUAUGGCUACGUUCCACCACAGAAUCCAGGAGGAUAUGGCAGUACUGAAGAUCCAGAAGAUCCCGAAGUUAAAGGAUUCGGCUUCACAGAUGAGUCAAUUCGCAAAGGAUUUAUCCGAAAGGUCUACUCAAUAUUGAUGGGACAACUAUCCAUCAGCCUGGGCUUCAUUGCCUUAUUUCUGUACCAUGAACCUACGGGUAAAUGGGUGCGAUCUCAUCCGGAAAUGUGGUGGAUCGCUCUUAUCCUGCUCUUCGUUACCUUAAUCGCAAUGGCUUGUUGCACCAAUGUUCGUCGGAAGGCACCGAUGAACUUCAUCUUCUUGGGACUCUUUACACUCGCUCAAUCCUUCAUGUUGGGCGUGAUGGCUAGCAAUUUCCGCUCCGAAGAGGUUUUACUUGCUGUGGGCAUAACGGCGGCCGUUUGUCUCGGUUUAACACUCUUUGCGUUCCAGACUCGUUGGGAUUUUACGGUGAUGGGUGGAGUGUUGUUUGUGGCCGUGAUAAUUCUCAUGAUUUUCGGUAUUGUGGCCAUUUUUGUGCCGGGAAAGACAAUGACGUUGAUUUAUGCAUCCCUUGGAGCUCUGAUCUUCAGUGUCUAUCUCAUUUAUGACACUCAAUUGAUGAUGGGUGGAAAGCACAAGUAUUCCAUCAGUCCGGAGGAAUAUAUUUUUGCAGCUCUCAAUCUUUAUUUGGAUAUCGUUAACAUUUUCAUGUACAUUCUGGCCAUAAUUGGAGCUUCUCGCGACUAAAUCUUUCUUUUUGUUGUUAUGAGAUGAAUUUAGAAGCAUUUCUAGCUCUUUUUUUGGCCUUCGAUGUCUAUAAAGUAGUUGAAAAAGAUUUUAUUGAGCUAGAAUUACUUCGAAAUUCAUCUUGUCAUAAUUUCAUUUCAAAUUUCAAACUAUUCCCGAUGCAGUUGCAUUCUAUAGCAGUGACGUCGCUAGGGUUGGUUUUAGCCGGAAAUUAAAAGGUGUUACCCUUUCUUACAGAUUUCAAAAACAAAAA